CCCUCAGUGGUGCUUCGGCGGAGCGAGCGGAGCCGGCCGCUCGGCUGAGAUCGAAAGGGGAGCCGCGCCGCGUCGCGUCGCAAGAUCGCACUGCGGAGCCUGUCGCUGUCACCACGCAACGUGACCCGCGACCCCGCACCCCGACUCCUUUUGGCUCGGCCCGCGCGCCCCAGGCCCGGCCCGGCCGGCGCGACGGGAGGAUGAGCGGCGGGCGGCGGAAGGAGGAGCCGCCUCAGCCACAGCUGGCCAACGGGGCCCUCCGCGUGUCGGUGUGGAGCAAGGCGCUGCGGAGCGACGCGGCCUGGGACGACAAGGAUGAAUUUUUAGAUGUGAUCUACUGGUUCCGACAGAUCAUUGCUGUGGUCCUGGGUGUCAUUUGGGGAGUUUUGCCAUUACGAGGUUUUUUGGGAAUAGCAGGAUUCUGCCUGAUAAAUGCUGGAGUCCUGUACCUUUAUUUCAGCAACUACCUACAGAUUGACGAGGAAGAGUAUGGCGGCACAUGGGAGCUCACGAAAGAAGGGUUUAUGACUUCUUUUGCCUUGUUCAUGGUCAUUUGGAUCAUCUUUUACACUGCUAUCCACUAUGACUGAUGGUGGACAGCUUGCACCUGCCCCCUAUCCAGUCCAAAGGACCCUCAUAAAUCGAGCACAGAAACAUGAUUGUUGGGGCGCCUCUGCCACACGGAACCUGGGAGACCUGCAUUUCCUGGACCGAGAGUCAGGGUUUUCUGCAAGGGUUGUGACCCAAAACUUUUUAAAGAACCAUCUACCUUUGAGAAGGCAUUUCUGGAUUUGUCCAUCAUCAACCAUUUCUUCUUGGAUACCAUCAUGUACCAGCCAUUUGCAGAGCGGAGCUGUUCUUUAAUUUGACACACCUCUGGAUCCGGAUGCAUCAUUAAAUUAUCUUCCUUGGUUCUCCAUCAGUUGUACAGUUUUUAAACUAUCAGUGGCAUUUCAAGUCUUCUGAAAACAGAUGGCAGUAUGUGCGGGUUGUAGCACAGUACAAGCAACAUCUAGUAACAGCUUUCUUGUAGAAUGUUUCCAGAUGCUUGAAUAAAUAAGUCUUUAACUGCGA